AUGAAUGCUAUUUACGAUAAAAAAUUAAAAGAGUUACGAGACUUAGAAACACGACAUAAUUUUGUUUUUCCCGACUCUCCCACCCAAAAACCCGGCUAUGCCAUUAAUAAUAAACUUCAACCAGUUAUUCGUCCAACUCCGAUGUUGAGUUUGGAUAUUAGUCUUAUUUAUCAAAAUCACCACUUAACCCAAGUUAGCACCCGCGGAAGCGGAGAUAUUGGCGAGGAUGUUACUUUCAAUAAAUAUCUAAUAAAAGAUAUUCCUUUUUUCUUGGAAAAAGUUAAUAAUUGUGAAGUACGGGGCGAAGUUUAUAUGAAAAAAUCAGAGUUUCAACUUUUAAACGCCGGGUUGGCGAAAAACACUAAUAAAUUGUUAGCCAAUCCCCGUAAUGCGGCCGCGGGAAGUUUGCGAACUUUAAUUCCUUUACAAGUUAGAAAAUUGAACUUUUUUGCUUACCAGUUAUUUAAUAAUGAUUUAGCGACUCAGUUAGCUUGCUUGCAAGAACUAGAAGAGAUUGGUUUUUCCGUUAGUCCUCACUAUCAACUAUGUCAAAAUAUCGAAAAAGAAAAAAGACGAGAAAAGUUGGAUUUUGAAAGUGAUGGAAUUGUGGUUAAAGUAAACAAUUAUGAUUAUUACCAAAAACUCGGGCAAACUACGUUGGCAACUACUAGUCAAGUAAAAAAUGUCUAUACCGAAGUAAGUCGCAACGGUCGAAUAACCUAUGUAGCGGAAAUAGUUCCGGUAAUAUUACAAGGAAGCAAAAUAAGCAAAGUAACUUUACAUAAUUACGCUUUUAUCCGUAAUUUAAACUUGAAUAUUGGUGAUGAAGUAGUAAUAAAAAAAGCGGGGGAUGUCAUUCCCCAAAUAACACAAAUAAUUAAGUCGGAUAAUAGCGAUAAUUGUUGA